AUGUUGUUUUCCGCUGGCGUGGCUGCGUUGCUCGCCCUGGCGGUCCCCGUGCGGUCGUCCGGCUCCAGCGCGUUUCCUGCACCGGGCGAUGCGAGCUAUGAGUACGUGGUGGUCGGAGGUGGUACGGCCGGCCUAGCCAUCGCCGUGCGGCUGGCGGCGUCGGGUAAAUCCGUUGCCGUGGUCGAGGCCGGCGGCUGGGCGACCGAGAUGGGCAACAUAACGACGGUUCCUGGCUACGCCUUCUCCGACCCGGUGCUUGCGCCCGUCGAGGACUUUCCGCCGGUCCCGCUGCUGGACUGGGAGCUGCUGUCCCAGCCGCAGACGGGUGCAAACAACCGUUCGAUACACUAUGCCGCCGGCAAGACUCUGGGAGGCUCGUCAUCCAUCAACACCAUGGCCUACCAUCGCCCCACCAAGCAGACGCACCAGCGUUGGGCCGACGUCGCCGGCCACGAGAGCUACACGUGGGACAACAUGCUGCAGUUCUUUGAGAAAUCGACGACGCUCACGCCUCCCGACUGGCAGAAGCGUGCCACACCCAAUGCCACCUUCACCUUUGACCCGACCGUCUUCUGCCUCAGCGGCAAGUCCUCGUCCUGUGGGCCUCUCCAAGUGUCGUACUCCAACUGGGUGGAUCCGACCAACACCUGGUUUGCCGUGGCCCUCAACGCCGUCGGGCUGGGCUCCAACUCCACUGGCUUCAACAGCGGCUACCUCUCCGGCGGCGCGUACACGACCGAGACCGUCGACCCGAGCACGGCCACCAGGUCGUCGUCUCAGACAAGCUACCUGGACUGGGGCCUGCGAAACACGCAGAUCAAGGUCUACAACGGAACCCUGGCGUCCAAGGUUCUGUUCACGUCCGGGAAGGCAACGGGCGUGUCCGUAUCGACCAACGGGACGGCCUACACGUUGACGGCGACUCGCGAGGUCAUCCUCUCGGCUGGGACCUUCCACUCGCCGCAGCUCCUCAUGCUGUCCGGCAUCGGGCCCCGAGCCCUCCUCAGCUCGCUGGGCAUCCCGGUCAUCUCGGACCUGCCGGGCGUGGGCCAGAACCUCCAGGACCCCAUCUUCUUCUCGGUCCAGAACGGCGUCACGACCCCGUCGCUCGCCAGCGAGUUGGCCAAUCCCAACCAGGCAGCCGCUAUCCUCGCCGAGUACGUCAGCAACAAAACGGGCCCGUACAGCUCCCCCGGCGGCUACAUCGCCUUCGAGAAGCUCCCCGCGGCAUCGCGCGCCAACUUCUCGGCCCGCACCAGUGCCCUGCUCGCGGCGCUGCCCUCGGACGCGCCCGAGAUCGAGUACCUGGCGGGCAGCUUCGCGGGCACGGGCGACGGGGUGACGACGAUCGGCGACCUGAGCGCGGCGAUCCUGCACCCCUUCUCGCGCGGCUCCGUGACGAUCCGCAGCGCCAACAUCUCGGACCCGCCCGUGAUCGACAUGGGCUGGCUGACCGACGCGGCCGACGCCGAGGUCGCCGUCGCCGCGUUCAAGCGCGUCCGCCAGGCCUGGAGCUCGCCCCUGCUGGACGACUGGAAGGUCGGGCCCGAGGUCAAGCCCGGCGUGUCGGUGCAGACGGACGCGCAGAUCCUCGACUACGUGCGCGAGAACGCCAUCCCCAUCUGGCAUGCCUGCGCGACCAAUGCGAUGGGGACCAACGCGAGUGCCGGCGCCGUCGUCGAUUGGCGCGCCAAGGUGUUUGGCGUGGACGGACUGCGCGUGGUGGACGCCUCGGCGCUGCCCUUUGCGCUGCCGGGCCAUCCCCAGGCGACCAUCUACGCUUUUGCCGAGAAGAUUGCGGCGUCCAUCCUGGCGGGCAACUGA